AUGAAUGCGAUCGGGGGGCAACUGGAAAAGUACAGCGUGACCUAUCGAACAAUUGACGAGAGAUUGAGGGCCGAGAAAGGUUUUCCCUGGGUCUUCGCACUGGUGCUGGAUUGUGCUAUCGGAAUCGGCGUGGCUCACUUGCUGAAAGGCCUCGAUCUCUACGAGAUUGUAUGGCCGUUCGUCGACGCGAGAAUAGGGCAGCUGGACGAGGUUAUAACAUGGUUACUAUCGAACCCAGUAGGCUUGAAGCUCAACGAGCCGUUGAACACCGCCCUCGCCAGCUUCUUCCGCUACCAUAUUUACCUAUGGCAUACAUUUGUGCGGAUGCUACGAGUUCCGGCGAUCUGGGCCAAUUUGCCGCUGGCCCUCUAUGCUGGAAUUUCAUUUGCUGCGGCGUUGUUUGCAGAUCUGGUUUCAAUAUUUUCGAUGCACAUCGUUUGCUUCUACAUCUAUGCACUACGACUCUUCCUGCUCACCUUCACCUCGCUCGGGUCGCUAUGGAGGGCGUUCCGGGGCCAAAAAUACAACCCACUGCGGAAACGUGUCGAUACUGCCCAUCUGGACUCGCGGCAGCUCUUCUUGGCCACGCUGCUCUUCGUCGUCCUCCUCUUCCUCGCGCCCACCGUAACCGUGUAUUGCUUCGUAUUUUCGAUGCUCCGAUGGGUGGUCCGUGGCUUCCAGCUGGCGAUAGAACGGGUAGCGGAACUGCAGUGCUAUGUACAUAUGAUCUUGGAUCGAUUCAGAAGCGAA